AUGGAGUAUGGUGCUUCAGUUGACACGGUGGCGAAUACUCUCCGUGUCCAUUCGACAACAGUCAGAGGUUGGAUCAAGAAUAAAGAGAAUUUACGUCAAUGGCAAAAUCACCAUCACAACGUCCUCCCAGCAAAGAGGAAACAGUUGAAGAAACCAGUGAAUAGUCUCGUAGAUGAAGCAACAUGGUUGUGGUUCCAAGAACGACGUUCUGUUGGGUGUCCUUUGAGUGGCUCAUUGGUUCGAAUGCAGGCACUCCGUUUUCAUGCAAGUCUUGGGGGUGCUGUUGAUUUUGGUGCAACUGAUGGUUGGUUGAAUACGUACAAGGUGGAAUUCGCUAAGAUGAUGGAGGAGGAGAAUUUAUCACCAGAUCAGGUUUUCAAUGCAGAUGAAACUGGGCUGAACUUCCGAGAAAUGCCGACAAAAACUUUAUCUGCAAAGUCAGAGCCUGAAGCUGCUGGGUUGAAAUGCCAGAAGGAGCGAGUAACUGUAAUGGCAUGCUCCAAUGCUCCAGCAUCAUUUAAACUGCCUCUAGUAGUCAUUGGAAAAUCAGCCAAGCCACGAGCGAUCAAAGAUCUCACAAACCUUCCUGUGUGCUACAAAUCCCAGAAGAGUGCUUGGAUGAUGAGUACACUCUUCACCGACUGGUUCAAGGAGGAAUUUGUUCCCCAGGUUACGGGUUUUUUGCUGAAGAGAGAUUUACCACUCAAAGCCGUUCUGCUGGUUGAUAACUGCGCUGCCCACCCACAACAGUUAUCUGUAGGAGAGAUACCGGUAGAAUUUCUGCCACCAAACACAACAUCCUUGAUCCAGCCCAUGGAUCAAGGAUGUCUUCAGACUUUGAAGCUAAUGUAUCGUCAGCAGUUAAUGGGAUUUAUUUUAGGUCGGGUGAACGCGGGGACGACACUGACUGAAGCCUUGAAGAAACUGACUAUCAGGGAGGUGGUUUUUUGGAUUUCCGAUGCCUGGAAACGAGUCCUGGACAAGACGAUUAUCAAGUUGUGGAAACCGCUUUAUCCUGAAAUUCAACAGAGGGUGGAAGCAGCCUCUCUAAGUAUCAAUGAGCAAAAUCUACGUGUUGUGCAUAAUCAAAAUAUGAAAAUGUGGAGAAGCUACUUUGAAAGAAGCCACUUCUUUCAAUUGUUGAGUCAGAUGGAUGAAUAUCGAGGAGUGGAUGACGCUGCUAUUGCAACAUGGCUUCAGUCUCCUACAACAAGUGACGAGAUCUUGGAUGAGAACGAAGUUUUUCAGAUUGUUCGAGAAGAGCUAGAAGAUGAAGUCGACGUUUCAAUAGAGGAAUUACCUCAGCAAAAAUCGAACAAGUGA